UGGCCCCUUUGUGACGCAACAAUCAGCUGUUUGAACGUUCUAAUUUCUGAGCCGAGAUCAACUGGGGAUUCAGCAAUAACAGAAAAAUAAUAAUACCAAGACUGCAGCCAGGGGAGGGAGGGUGUCCGAACGCAAGAGCAGCCGCAUGCAGCUCACAAUGGUGUAUAUCUUCUGAGAAGAUCCGAAACGCCGUUCAAAUCAUCACCGCCGCCUACCACCUUCUCUUCCCCUGCAUCCUUUUUGUGGGGGUCUUUUUUCUUUUUAAAGAACAGAAAUCAUUUCUAUUAUCGAUCUUCAAUUAAAACUACCUCACAGACUCUGCCUAAAGCUGGUGCUUAAAAAAAUCUUGUCGGUUUUCUUUGUGACGUUGUUUACAAAACAUUUGAUGACAUUAAAGGCAAGGCCUUUGCACUGAAGCCAAGUGAAGAACCUUAUGAUUGCACUAUAUGUAACUCAACUCAGAUAAGACUUCGCUAGGAAACAAGCAGUUCCUGCCUUUCAGGAUUCAUCCAUAAAGUCGUCCAAGUCUCUGGUUUCUGUUAUCAACUCCCAGCUCCAUACACUGAAGCAAAUACCUAGAAAUUCAUCUCCAUCCUUCUUCCUCAUAAAGCCCAUCUUGGAAAUCGCCUUCCAGCCAUGUUCCAGCGCUUCACCAGCCUCUUCUUCAGUGACACCAGCACACCUGUGGGCCUUGAAGAACCUAAGCCCUUUGUCUCUGAAGAGGAAGAAGAUGACGGGUGGCUCAUUAUUGACCUACCAGAUAGUUAUGCUUCAGCUUCUAGCAAAGAGCGGUGGGUAGGUGAGAAGGACUCUGUUUGCACUUCUCAUUGCCACCGUGGGUCCCCUCCACCUACCACGUCCUCGCCCCACUCUCUUAGUGACUGUGUCAGCAGGUCCAUGCCCUCUCAGCCUGACCCCUGCUUGAUGGACGAGAGUUGGUUUGUUACCCCUCCCCCCUGUUUUACUGCAGAAGGUCCUGAUCCUGUCAAUGUGGAGAGCAACCCGAUGGAGGACCUCCUGAUCGAACAUCCCAGUAUGUCUGUGUAUGUCACCAGCAGCAGCAUUGUUGUGGAGACUGAGAGUCCUGAAGAGCCUGUCCAUGAAAGUGAGGUGCCUGAAUGCCAUUUACAACGCCAUGCUCCUCACCACUCCAGCUCUCUUGCCACCAAGGCUGCCAUCUUGGAGAAAGUCAACCAAGUGCGCCGGAUUCAGCGGGCAAAGCAGCUGGCAGAGAAGCACAAGCUCAGUAAGAAAGUCAUGCAGCGGCAGAACCGCACCAGAGAGUGCCGCCCACGUUGGGCCAAACACCAAGGCAGCUUUGUCUACCAACCAUGCCAGCGCCAGUACAACUACUAAGCUACUUCAGGAAGUCUACACCAUGGGGCAUUAUCCUUUUAACUCUCAGCUUUGCCAGUUUUUUCACAAUGCUUUCUUCAGCCGAGAGGGUCGUCUUCAUCCAUUUUCUGAAAUAAACCCGUCCCCCCUGCGAGAGAACCUCCUACAUUGUCCUGAACUGGCACCAUUCACUGAUAGUUCUUUCCUGGGCUUUUCUUGGGCUUUAUUCCCAUUUUUAAUGAAAAUACAUUUUCUGAUCUAUGAUUUCCUUCCCUUUUGCAGUUUUAUUCUCCCUCAUUCUCCUCCAUACUUCCAUGAAUGUGGAUUUGGAUCUGAAAGUGCAAGAAAUCCCGUAUGACCCACUAAGUAACAAGGCUUCAGUUCUGUUUUGAAACCCCGAGCUUUGUUUUUUGUUUUAAAGUGCUGAAGAAAUGUAUGUGUAUGUUGAUUACCAAAAGGCAAAAAUUCUCUUUGGGUGGGUAUUUUCCUGGUUCCUAGGUAGCAUGAAUUCAUACACUGGCUCUUAUAGUGGUUACCAAUGUUAGACUAAUUUGGUGCUUCCAGUGAAUAUAUCACAUUUCAUUUUGUAACUGAACAAAGAAACAAUGAUUCAUAGGAGGGCCAGUGUGCCCUGUCAUUCUCUUUUGUCCCUUGUUGUUGCACCAGGGAGCCUGUGACAUCAGUGCCUUUCUUUAUGACAUCACACUCUUCACAGUGAAAACAGACUGUGAUGUCACAAAUGGAGAGACCAGGUUCUUGUGCAAACUGGAACACAAAACUAUAACUUAGACCAAGAGGUCCCAAUUGAAUAAGUAACAAAAGUGUAUCUUGUGACUGUCUUUCACCCCUUAAAAUAUGAAUUGUACAGUAUGAAUGUUUUUCCUCUCACUAAGUUGGUGUGGUUGCUAGGCAUGAUGCAUUUUGGCACAUCCUUAAUUUUACAGGGGUGCAAGACAGCUCCAUGGAAAAUCGUGGGAGUUUUGCCACAGACUUCAAUGAAAGUGAGAUUUGACAUGGUUUUCUGUUCCAAAGUGUCAUGUGAUGUACGAGAGAACCUUUGAAACUCCAUUUUGAGCAGCUGCAAUUAUCAGCAGUGGUUUAAUGGGUACCUUGUGGGUUCACAGUUAUGGGAAGGUUAUGUUUGUUUUAGUGCAGUCCUUAAUCACGCAUGACCUUUCCAAAAUUAAUGCAAUGAGCUCUUCAGUUUGAUUAACUGCAGCGUCAUCAUAGACUUCCUUGCAAUAUCAUUCAUUGGAUCCACCCCCUUGCAGAAACCAUAACGGUCAAGUGGGUUAUCCCAUGUUGACAGAACAAAUACAAUUGAACUAUCUAAUACUUUUCAAAAGAAUGUGGGGGAAAUCCUAGUGAAAUUAUCACAGACAUUUGUAAACAGAAAAGUAAAACAAGAAAAGAAAGGGGGGGAAAAGAUAAAAAUGAAAUUAAACCUGACACACUCUUUUUUUCAUAUAUUUGCCAUGAGGCUGCUUAGGGAAAUUCCCUCUAAUGAAAAGGUUUUCUCACACUGAAAGAGGGAAAGGGCUACAAGUGAAGUGAAAAGAAAUUUCAGAAUAGAAGUUAAAAAAAACAGAGUUGCUUGUUUUGAGGACAGGGUGCUUGUGGGAGAGGGUCAUCUCUCAGAUCACUAAAGGCAUGAUCCUGCCAAGCCAGCUGCAAUAGCUUUCACUAGGAAACUAUUAAACAUGUCAAUAACUUUCUCCCAUUGGUUUCAGUGGGAUUUUAAUUUUGGCUGGUUCAUGCCCUAACACUGAAUUCAGUAGUAAAACAUAACUGUUUGCAUCGCACCAUCAAUGGAAUUCUUCAUGCUGUUUGGCAUUGGUGCUAAUGUCAAAGACCUCAGCAGAGAAAAGGUAUACACAUAUUUAUGAAGGCGAUGAAGUAUGUUGGGGAUUGUAGUGAUGGAUGUGAAACUGAAAGACAAUGAGGGAGGUUGAAGUGCUUAAGAAAAAGGUAGAAGGCAGGUGGUAGAACUGAAGGAAGGAAAGAGGGAGUUGAAGCUGUUGCAAAGGUGUAAGCCAAUGAUGUGGAGGUCUAGAUGUUAGAGGAUGGGGGAGCAGAAUGUGUACCUGCAUUUUGGAAAGAAUCUAGAAGGUGUUUCCCCAGGUAAGAUAAUUUCAGGAGUCACCUGGUUUCAUAGCAAUUCUGCUGGGCAAAGUUAUUACUCAAAUAAAAA